AUGGCUAUUAGGAUGAGACAGAAUUUGCCUGAAUACAAUCAUAUCCCUUCUGUUCAUUACUUCUACUGUCGUCGUUGCAGAACUCAAGUUGCAAUCAUCCAUUACAUUCCGACUCUACGGAUUCUUACUAGAGUGUAUAUACGCAGGUUUAGGGUUGAAGUAGCAGAGGACGAGCCACAACAUAGAGUAACAGAUGGCAUGACCUUGAUCCUAGCCGAGACUAACUGUGUCCAAUGUAGAAGCCUGCUCAUGUGGAAAAUUAUUGCCGUCUCCCAACCGUCUAAUGUUUAUAGAGUAGGAGGAUUCAUUAUGAGAUUGAACGCAUUUAUUAGCUGGAACAAUGUAACGUUGUUUGAUUUACUCUUUGGAGGCAAUAAUGCACAGGCUCCUAAUGAUCAAGAUGGAGGUGCAGAUGAAGAACAGAAUCAUGAUCAUAAUGGAGGCCCUAAUGAGCAAAAUGCUGAUCAAAAUCAAGUUGAAGACCCUAAUGAGCAAAGUGCUGAUCAAGUUGUAGGAGCUAAUGAGCAAAAUGCUGAUGAACAUGGAGGCGGUAAUGAACAGAAUCAUGAUCAAGAUGGAGGCCCGCCAACUAAACGAAUGAAGACAUAG